GAAGACUAGUAUCGCCCUCUCUUGAUUAAAUAGUUCUUGUAGUUGUACGAUGCUGACUGCACGGAAGUAAAUAAUUAUGAGUAGGACCAGAAGUUUACCAAAUGUUCUUGUUACAGGAACUCCUGGCACAGGAAAGUCCACCUUAUGUUCUGAAAUCAGUCAGAUUUCUGGGUUGGAAUGGCUAAAUAUAGGAGAAAUAGCAAAAGCUGGCCAGUUGUAUGAUGGUUAUGAUGAAGUGUUGGAAUGUCCUGUCAUUGAUGAAGACCAGAUGGUUGAUGAACUUGAAGAUAAAAUGACAGAUGGUGGAAAGAUAAUUGAUUAUCAUGGAUGUGACUUCUUUCCUCAGCGUUGGUUUGAUGUUGUUUUCGUUCUUAGGACUAAUAACACAAUACUGUAUGACAGACUUGCCACAAGGGGCUACCGAGGACAUAAACUUGAAAGCAAUAUCGAAUGCGAGAUUUUUCAAACUCUGCUUGAUGAGGCAAAAGAAUCAUACAACUCUCAAAUAGUGUAUGAGUUACAAAGCAACACACCCGAUGAUCUGGAAGAUAAUAUUGAGAAGAUAAGCCAGUGGAUUAACCAGUGGAAAAUCCAGAACAGUCAUCAAUAGUGUGACUUUUUUUUUAUGUAAUAUAAAAUUGUGUACCAUAAUCACUCAUUAAAACUUAAAAUAAAGUUUCUAUUUGCAAUUUAAA